AACACAUACAAACAAAAUGAAGUAUUCCAUAUCUCUCAGAACUGCCCUGGUGGGUACAGUAGGAUUACUCAAGCUCGUAUCUGCAAGUUCAGUGAUUGAUCUUGACCCUUCCAACUUUGAUCAAUAUGUAGGAGGUUCCAAACCUGCCCUCGUUGAAUUCUUCGCACCAUGGUGUGGUCAUUGCAAAAAUCUCGCACCGGUAUAUGAACAAUUGGCCGAUGCGUUCGACCCUUCUAAAGUUGUCAUUGCUAAAACUGAUGCGGAUGGUGAAGGAAGAGAUUUAGGUCAACGUUAUGGUGUUCAAGGAUUUCCUACGUUGAAAUGGUUUCCCGCUGGAUCGACUGAACCUGUGGAUUAUUCUGGUGGAAGAGACCUUGAUUCUCUAGCUAACUUUGUCAGCAAAGAAUCUGGAGUGAAAAGUAGGAUCAAACCUCCUGCUCCACCCAUUGCUGUUCAAUUGGAUUCUUCCAAUUUUGAUGAUAUCGCCUUGGAUCCCACUAAAGAUGUCUUGGUGGCGUUCACAGCUCCAUGGUGCGGCCAUUGCAAAAGUAUGAAACCCGCCUACGAAAAAGUUGCCAAAGCGUUUGCCGCCGAGACCAACUGCAUAGUCGCUCAAAUAGACGCAGAUGCAGAAGACAACAAACCUAUCGCUGCGAAAUACGAAGUUCGAAGUUUCCCUACUAUCAAGUUUUUCCCAAAAGGAAAUGGUGAACCUAUCGCUUAUAGUUCCGGUCGAUCUGAAGCACAAUUUGUGGAAUUUCUCAACGAACAUUGUGGUACAUCUCGUGAUUCCUCUGGACUACUUUCUACCCAAGCGGGCAAAGUAUUAGCAUUAGACGAAUUCGCCAGUACCUUUUUUUCAGCUUCUUUACCUGACCGACCCGAGAUAUUGAACAAAGCUCGAGAUUAUCUCGUUUCGACAUUCGGAUCGGCAAAGAAGGAGGCCAACACGACUGCGGAAUAUUAUGUGAAAGCGAUGGAGAGGAUGUUAUCAAAAGGUGAAGGAUGGUUGGUCAAAGAACAAGCUCGUAUUGCAGGUCUUCUCGCUUCUCCUUCUUUAGCCCCGACGAAAUUGGACGAACUUAAAAUCAAAGCGAAUAUCCUUUCUUCUUUCGUCGCUAAAAAGGCUGAGGAGGUUUAUGAAGAAGCGGCAGAUGUCGUCAAAGGAGCAACGGAAUCUGUAGAGUCUUUCGCUGACAAGGUAAAGGAUGAGUUGUGAUACUAUCCAGCUUGCAAGCUUUAUGAAUGUCAACUGAGACGCUGAGAGAUAUUUAUGCAUCGUAUCUGCAUGUUG